UCCUUUCAUCUGUGGUGCUAAUUCCACCUCGUUGAUCACCACAGAUGUUUGUUUAUGUGUCAGAAAAAAAGAUAACAUGUCAAGAUUGUAAAAAUGUGCUGAAUCCCAAAUAUUGAAUACGGUAUGGAGGACGAAAAUGAUUUUGAUUAUGGCUGUGAUUUGUACACCACAGCAGGAACAUAUUACAAAGCUAUUAAGGAAUCUCUUCAUUUAGAUUAUGAUGCUCUUUUGAAGGAAGCAGAAGAAAUACAAUCCGUAAAGACAUGCGAACUAGAUGAUUUAAAACCAAAGGGCAAAAGAGGAACUAAGAAUCCCAGAGGAAGAAGAAAAGCUACUAAAUUGACUGAUACUGAAUCACAUAAAAAUGUGACACAUGAACAGCCAGAAACUUUGGAAGAACUAAAUGAUUGUCAAAGAGCACGUUCAACACGAGGAAUGACUAGAGCAACAAAACGUGCAGUUGGAAAAGGUGCUCCACAAAUACCACCAAAUCAGGAACAUAUUAUUGGAACUAUAAUUAUUACUGAUUCUCCAGAAAGACCUAAGGUUUCAGAUGACCACAUUUUAAUCGGCAGUGAUUCAGAAACUGAAGUGAAUAUAUCUUUAACCGGAGAUGAUGACAAUUAUGAGAUGUUGGUCAAAGUCUGGUGGAAGUUUGUGAAAUUUGAUAAAUUUACUAUUAGAAGGUUUCAGAAACUGGCACCACUGUUUGAGCACUAUUCACAAUUGGAGAAUGUACCUCAGAGUCAGGUACUGUUGACUCUUAAUGAUGUUCAGGUUCAUCCAAAUGACACCCCAGACUCGCUGAAGCUAACUGUUGCAAAUAUUAUAGAGGGUGGUGUGACAACAUGUAUAGACAUGAAGAGUGCCUUAGCCCAGGAGAAACUGUCACUCGGUGUGGAUGAGAUUGAACUGAAAAUUCAGCGUAAGGGUCACAAGGAACGAAUAUCAAUGCGGAUCAAGAAGAACCAGAAAAUGCGAGUGUUGAUGUUCAAAUGUGCAGAAUACUUGGAGCUACCAGAAGAAAAGUUGAAGUUCUCAUUUGAUGGGGAAUCAUUAAAUCCAAAUGAAACCCCAGUGGAUCUUGAUUUAGAAGGAGGCGAAUGCAUUGAUUUGUAUGUUUCUGAGGUGUGAUGAGACUGAUUUCAGUUGGAUCUUUGUACUUUCUUGUUUGAUAGCAAGGUAAUUGUGUGUUUUAAAUUUCAUUUAAUAUUUCACGUACUACUGAAUUGUUUUAACUUAUAAUUUAAUGAACCAUUGUGCUUCAGUAGGGCACUGUCACAGAUCUGUGUGGCCCAGCCAGAAUUACAUAAGUAUUGAAAUGUGUGUCAUUGAGUCACCAUGCACUGGUGACCUUGUAGAACACAAGUUUUGAGAUGUACUGCGAUUGGUAUGAAUAAAUUCAGUGUGCUCAUAAAACCA